ACGUUCCGUUUACUGCUCUAUAAUAAAGUGUGUACUAUUUCUGAAAUAUAAUUGGAGACAAAAAUGAAGAGUACUUCUAUCCAUUUUCUAUUUUGAUGAUGGAAUUAAUAAAAUUAAAAGAUUUACAGAUCUAAAAAUAAUUUUAUUGUACUUCAAAAUAAUUAUGAGAGAGAGAAAAAGAGAUGAGAUGAGAGAUGAUAUCAUUUAUUACGCGCUUCAGGAUAGAAUCCUCUUAAGCGCAAGAAAGAGAGAGAGAGAGAGAGAGAGAGAGAGAGAGAGAGAGAAAGAACUUUCUUUGAACGCUAGUGAUAUCAUUUAAAACUCAGUACGCUCCAAUACUAAUAUAGGAUUGUGGAAAAAACGAUUAUUUAUUAUACUCUAUCUUGUGUAAAGAAUAUCUUUGUCAGAGGAUAAGGACGAUGGAAGAACAACAUCAAAAUAUCCAUAAAGGUGAAAAAUAUGGAUAUAAUGUAGCUACUACCCAUCCUAAUAAUUCGAAAGUUGAAAUGAAUGUGCCCGUAGAUAUUCUUCUCAAAGUAGUGAUGAAAUACAUUAAACAGAAUACAGAAUGUAUAAUUUACAUUCCUAAUUUAAAGGAAAUAACCUACUACAUAGGACUUGGAAUCACAUGUUAUUUCGAAUCUUACAAUGGAACCUUCGAAGGUAUUUCGACUCUGAAAAGAACAAAAGAUGUUUUUAUAUCCAAUUUAGGACAAAAAUAUACCAUAGAAGCUGACUUUAAACUUCCUACAGCUAAACUUAAGUACAAUUACUAUAAGUUUACAGUUGGCUUAAUCCCAGUCAGUGGUGAUAUGGUUGUAACUAUUGAUGAAUUAGCAAUAGCGGUAAAACUAUUUAUGAUGACGAAAGAUGUAAUUAUAUCUAAUAUAGAUAACAAAAGACAAAUGUAUACCAUAGAAACUGGCUUUAAACUUUCUACAGCUAAACUUAAGUAUAAUUACUAUAAGCUUUCAGUUGGCUCAAUCACAGUUAGUGGUGAUGUACUUGUAACUAUUGACGGAUUAGUAAUAGCGGUAAAACUAUUCAUGAUCGAUCAUAAAAAGUACCCAUGCUAUGUACAGUACGUUCAAGUGACGGAAAUUGGCAAAAUCAACAUAGAAAUGACUGGUUUAGGACUAUUCAAUAGUUUCAUUUCCAACCUAAUGACUCAAAAGAUUACAGAAUGGCAAGAAAAAAUUAUUAAAAAAAUUGAAGUUCAAUUCAGGGAUAUUAUUGAAGAACAAUUAAACAAUUAAAAUGAAUUUAUUUGUAUAAAGUGACGAUAUUUGAAAUAUUUCCCUGAAUUAUAAUU